AUGCUCCCGCAAACCUCACGGCCAUUGAAGAAAAAGGUUUUGUCAGUGAUCCCUACUUGUCAAACUGAUGGAGUGGAAGGUGGCAUGGAAGUGGGACUUAAUGAUGAAUGUCCAGGAAUAUCAACACUGGUUACCCUGACAUCCUCGAUGCCAAUAUCGGUAGUCUCUUCAACAUUGUUGUCAACGAGCGACUCCACACUGAACACUGUAGCUUCUUCGACGUGCUCAUCCACACUGAAACCUGUCGCCUCCUCAACACAUACAUCAUCGACAGUAACAUCAGCAGGUACCUCAGCAAUGAAAUUGGCAGUUAGUGUGGCAUCAGGAAAUUCUAGCAGUGCUGCUGCAGAGGUUGUCACAGUGAAAGAAAUAAAGUCUAAAGGGAAAAGGAAAUUAGAAAUCAAGGAAGAAGACCCCUUGGAGAAGUUAGUCGCUAUAGAAGAGAGGAAAGUAGACAAACUAUGGAAAGAUUUCUUCCUCUGCACAAAAGCCUACCAAGACAGAGACUUGGCAAUUAAAGAAAAAUUACUGGCCAUGAAGGAGAAGGAAAAGGAAUUGUGUGAUUACAGUGUCUUCCCAACAGUCAACUUCCCUAACGAGUAUUGA